AUGGCGAUUAUUGGCAAACUAUCCGCGUUUCGAAUAGCCUUAACCUACGGACCGGAACUGAGCUUCUUAGUACUCCUGCAGCUGUUGAUCGUGAUCCAUAGAACCGACAUCACGAACCGUGAAUUCAGGGUGAAACCAGUAUCUCUGACUAACCUACGAAGAAGUUACGAUUUCGUGAUAAUCGGGGCUGGGUCAGCCGGUUCAGUGCUAGCUAAUCGUUUAUCAGAGAAUGGUAACUGGACGGUGCUCUUGCUGGAAGCCGGUCCAGACGAACCAGACAUAUCUGACGUGCCUGCCAUGUAUCCGGUUAUCCAGAUGACCCCGCUGGACUGGCAGUUCGAGACAAAACCAUCAGAAGAUUAUUGUCAAGCAAUGAAUGGCAAACAGUGUCGCUGGCCACGCGGGAAGACACUCGGGGGUAGCAGCGUGUUGAACGCGAUGCUGUACGUCCGCGGCAACAGGAAGGAUUACGAUGACUGGGAGAAGUUAGGUAAUCCAGGUUGGAACUAUGAGAGCGUGCUGCCCUAUUUCAAGAAGUCAGAAGACAUGAGGAUCGCAGAGUUUCAGAAUUCCUCUUAUCACAAUACCGGUGGACAUCUGACAGUCGAGCAUUUUAGGUACCGGACUCCUAUAACAAACUAUUUGGUGAAGUCAGGCCAAGAUAUGGGAUACGAUAUGGUGGACAUCAAUGGACCUACUCAAACCGGAUUCACAUUUUCCCACGGCACGUUAAGAAACGGACUACGUUGUAGCACUGCAAAGGCUUUUUUACGAUCAGUUUCGAAGAGAAAGAAUCUACACGUUAGCGUGCUGUCAACUGCAGAGAAGAUUUUGGUGCGCGAAGAUGGACAGUCGAAGACCGCGCAUGGCGUCCAAUUUCGUGCUGGAUCGAUACUCCGCCAGGUAAAGGUGAAUCGCGAGAUCAUUUUGUCCGCUGGUUCGAUACAAUCGCCACAAUUGCUGAUGGUGUCUGGUAUUGGCCCGAAAGAACAUCUGAAGGAAAUGGGAAUCCCAUUGGUGCAGGAUGCACCCGGGGUGGGUGAAAAUCUUCAGGAUCACGUGGCGAUGGGCGGUAUGGUUUACCUCAUAGAUCCACCGGAGGAUUACACGAGCAAGGAGCCCUUUACAUUUAAUUUAUUGAAAUCCAUUACGCCGGAUACGAUCAAGGAGUUCGCGGUGAAUCAUACUGGGAUCCUAUAUUCGUUGCCAGCUUGCGAAGCUAUGGCUUUCGUUAACAGCAAGUACGCAAAUAAGUCGGCGGAUAAUCCGGAUAUACAAAUCUUCCUGGCAGCCAUAACCGAUAACACCGACGGUGGUCUAUUUGUGAAGAGGACUUGCAACGUGAAUAACGAGUUCUACGGGCGUAUGUACGAAAACAUACUGUACAAACAUGCAUAUGGGGCCAUUCCACUUCUGCUAAGACCUCGGAGUAAAGGAUACAUUAAAUUGCGUUCCAAGGACGUGCAUCAGCACCCGACCAUCGUUCCAAAUUACUUUCAUGAUCCUCACGAUCUUGAUAUUCUGGUAGAAGGAGCGAAGUUUGUUUAUAAAAUGAGCGAGACCCCGACAAUGAAGCAGUUGAAUGCACGAGCGAAUCCGAACCGUAUUCCAGAAUGCUCGUCGUUCCCGUUUCCAUCGGACGAUUACUGGAGAUGUUUCGCACGAUUUUAUACAAUGACGAUCUAUCAUCCGACAGGGACAUGCAAAAUGGGACCUGCGAACGACUCCAUGGCUGUCGUGGACUCUACACUAAAGGUUCACGGAAUAUCUGGACUACGGGUGGUCGAUGCUUCGAUUAUGCCGAACAUCGUUUCUGGAAACACGAAUGCGCCGACUAUUAUGAUAGCUGAAAAGGCUGCAGACAUGAUUAAGAAAGCUUGGAAAAUGUAAAUAAAAUAG